AUGUCGAUACUAUCGUCGUCUUUAAUCCCAACAGGCGCACUUCCAAAAUGGAUGCUUUUGGUGGCUAUUAUCGCGGUUGCGAAUACCAUACAGAAUUUAAUAACGUUAGAGUUGACGAAACGCGUGUACAAUGCUCGACCGGAGGAAGUAACAUCUUUAUCAUCACGAACUUUUGCGAUAUGGACAUUUACAAGCGGCGUGGUCCGGUUCUAUGCUGCAUAUAAUUUGAACAAUAAAGCCAUCUACCAAAUAACACUUUGGACGUACAUAAUUGCAAUUACGCACUUUCUUUCAGAGUAUUUUGUGUUUGGCACGUUGAAUAUUGGACCGGGAUUGGCGGCUCCUGUCUGUGUUGCUACUAUUUCGCUCAUUUGGAUGACGGCACAAUAUGACUAUUACACAAACACUAAUAAUAAUGUCGCGACGAAAAAAGAAUGA